AUGAAGUUCUUCACUGCUGCCUCUUUCUUCGCUUUGGCUACUAUUGCCGCCGCUGCCCCCGGCACUGGCUAUGGAGCUGCUCCUCCUUCCUCCAACAGCAACCAGGUUAUCGCUCAGUGCGGCAACCAGAACCUCUCCUGCUGCAACAAGGAGAUUAACAAGGUCGACGCCAAGGGUGUUGACUCCGACUUUGGUGUCCUGAGCGGUAUCGCCAAGAACAUCAACCUUGAGAAUCUCUCCAUCUUCGACCAGUGCUCCAAGUUGGAUAUUGGUCUCGGUAUCAUCGGUGCUGGUUUGACCGAUAUCCUCAACCAAAAGUGCAAGCAGACUGUUGCCUGCUGCCAGCAAAACGAGUCCAAUGCCAAUGGCCUCGUCGCCGUCGCUGUUCCUUGCAUUCCCGUCAACGCUCUUUAA